ACUUCAAUAUUAUUAACUAGAAACUAGCAACUGGCAACAUUUAAUUGGCUUCUUGCUUUGCUCAUGGAUACAAGUAGAAGCGAUUCAUUCGUUUAUUAUUGUGGGUUUCGCGUUUUCGCAUUUUAUAUUGUUGUCGUCUGCACUUGUAACUAUAUAGUUUAAUACAAAAUGCGUAAAAGAAAGUCGCUUAAGAAAGCGGAUGAUGAAUCUGACGCCUCUGAGCCUGGGGCUGAACCAGAAGAAUUUCAAGAUUCGGGAGAGGAUUGGACGCCGGAUGCCGAUUCGAAUGAACAACCUGCUCGUGGUGGUCGGAAACGUAAAUCAAGAACAUCUUUAAACAAUUCUAAAAAUAAACGUAAAAACUCUUCAUCAGAGGAAAGUGAAGGAGAGGGAGAAGAAGAUGAAGAAGAAGAUGAGGAAGGUGAACUAGAUGAAGAAGAAGGUUCAGAUGAUGAAAAAAAUGGCUCAGAUGGAAACAAGUCUGAUUCAAGUCAAUCUAAAGAUAUACCAAAGCAUUUUCAUUCUGGUAACUUUGUGUUGUUAAAAUCUGAUGUGAAAUGGGAUGGUGACACAGUAAUUUCAAAAUUGGAUGAAUUGAAUCUAUGGAAAAUAGAUGGAAAAGCUUUAUUACAAAAAUUCAUUCCAAUGGAAUCAAAUGGAAAAAUUCUACACAAAUGCACAUGUGUGUAUUCAGGAUGGAAUGUUGAUAACCGUGACAAUUACUACCCUAUUACAGAAAUUUUGGACCGGAAUCCACGUACAGACUCUAAGGAAAUAUGUGUAGCUUUAGAUCUUAAUGAUCUUAUCAAAGUAAGAGACAAGUAACAUGUGCAGUUUUCUACUUAAUUCAACUAGAUAAGUCUAAACAAAUGUAACAAAUAAAAUCUUUUUUUGGCACUCCAUUCCAGUUUACUUUGUGUAAUUCAUUUUUAAAAUGGGAAUUAAAUGUUCAUUAAAUUUAAA